AUGAGCUCCAAGGUUCACCAACCACACUCGGCGUUCCAAGCGCAGGCCCUUGAGUCUCCUUGCGUCCUCGAGAGCACGUCGGCCCGAGGCAGCUGCGAGUGCGACGUGUACGACAAGCUCGACGACAGCGAUGGGGCGCUCCAACCCGGUGGGGCGUACUCGCUCUUCAGUAAAGAGUCGACGGGGCUGCUGUGCCAGUACGCGGCCGUCGGGAUCCUGUCCGGCAUGCUGCCGUCCCUCGCGUACCCGAUCUUCACGACAUACCUGCGCAUGGAAGGGUACCAGAUCGCGUCGUACGUGCCGCUCAUCAACUUGGCGUGGAGUCUCAAGGUGUUUGCCGGCAUUGCGUCCGACUGCUUUCCCAUCUACGGGUACAAGCGCAAGUCGUACGUGAUCAUCGGGUGGGCCUUGUGCUUUGUGUGCUGUGCCGUGAUGGCGCUGACGCCAUUCCCUGCACCACGUUAUGCCAACGCGCUCAAGGGAAAGGUCUUGACAAACUUGACGGACGAAGACAAGAAAUUGUACGUGAAUCUCAACUCGGCCGUCGAAGGGCACCAGUUCGUGCUGUGGUCGAUGGGCGCCACGAUGGGGUUUGUCAUGGCAAUUGUCGCCGCCGACGCCGUCAUGGUCGAGCACGCCCAGCGCGAGCCCCUGCACAUGCGUGGCCGCAUCCAGACGAUGAUUUACGUCAUUCGCGAGCUGUUCCGCAUCAUUCCAAACGUGAUCAUUGGUGUAGGGCUCAGUGAUUUUCAGUACGGCGGCACGUUUGACUUUUCGAUUGCGCCAAACACAAUCUACUGGAUCUUGACUGCCACGAGUGCGCUCGCCAUUGCCGCGAGUGUAUUUUUGCUCGUCGAGAAACCAUCGCCUGCCGUCCCUUUCCGCCAGUACAUGCAUGGACUGUGGGAUCUGCUCCAGCUCCGCGUCAUGUGGCAAAUCUGCGCGUUCCGAGCGCUCAACUUCAUGGCGCUUCAGUUCGACGCGACGCCGCGCCCGAUCGUCGCCCGGGAAUGGGUCAACGUCACGCCGUUGUUCCAGGCCGUGUACACCAUUGGCGGCGUCACACUCAACAUGCUGACCUACUUUUUCUGCGGUCGGUACGGCCUCGGGUGGAACUGGCACACAGCGAUCAUCAUCGCGACCGUCGUGGCCGUCGUUUUGGAUGCUUCGGUCAUGUUUCCAGCGAUUUGGGGCGCGAGUUUCGCCCGGUCCGAGCACGUGUACUUGACCGUGUACCUGGUCAACCACAUCCCCAAGGCGGUGCAGUUUAUCGUGGCGGCCUACAGCACGGUGGAGCUGGCUGACAUGGGCAACGAAGGCGCUGUCCACGGGCUCAUCACCACGAUCGCUAACGUUGCGUGGCCGGUAUCGGCGGUGUUGUACAAGUCGAUCAAUGCCGCAUUCGACACGACGUCCGCAACGAUGAAGAAGGACACGUCGUUUGCGCGAUGGGAAGUCACGUACUGCUUCAUCAUUGCGUUCGCCGUCAAGAUUGGAUCGCUGGGGUUUUUGGUGUUGCUGCCCAAGCAAAAGGCCCAUUUGCAACUGCUCAAGCGCCGCGGCCGCAGAGACUGGACCGCUGGCAUCCUCACAAUUGUCAUCUUCACGGUCAUGCUGAUCUACCAGUUUGUCACAAAUGCCAUGAGUCUUUUCCCCACAACAUACUGCUGGCGCAUUGCCGGCGGGCCCGGCAUCCCGCGCGGGCAGACGGAGUGUCCGGUCAAGAAGGCGUAG